AUAACCACCAUGAUAACCAUAAACGAUCACUUCUUCGAAUCCAUAACAGUGACAGGUGUCUCCAUGGCCCCCACCCUCUCGGCCUCUUUCAAUGAAACCGGCGAAAAAGACGUGCUGCUCAUGAAAAAGUGGAAACCAACCAAGGACCUACAAAGAGGAGAUGUGGUGAUGCUGAAUCUCCCACACAAGCCGGAAAAGCUGGGGAUCAAGAGAGUGGUUGCUUUGGAGGGUGAUUGGGUUACGUGGAAGGUUCCUCUGGGUCAUGUGUGGGUUGAGGGUGACAAUACUGGCAUGAGCAAAGACAGCAAUGACUACGGCCCCGUCUCUAAAUCAUUGAUCGCAGGAAAGGCGAUAUACUGUCUCUGGCCAUGGGAACGCUUCGGUGAAAAGCACUGGACCGGUUACAAGAUAAAGACCAAAGUCGAGCGAGCUACAAAU